AUGGCAGAUGAUGAUGAAGUUGUGGAAGAAGCAGAGGGAGUUCUGAGCGAAGAAGUUGGUAGUGCAAAUGAACUAAGUCCAAUAGAGACCGAAAAACCUCUGGAGCCACCGAAGUAUGAGAUUCGUCCAGGACUUGGUGAGAAAUUUCAGUCUCAAAAUGUACGUGAGAUUAUUGGGCAGACAAUGAAAGAACAGCUGAUGGGGCGUCAAUAUCGUUCAGACCAAGCACCGAAGUGGGCAAAGGUUAUUGCCAAUGCAGUGCGUCAAAGGGUGCAGGAACUUGGGAUGAAAAGGUACAAAAUUGUAGUUCAAGCAACGAUUAUUGAAAUGAAGGGGGCGGGUGUAAAAUGCGGUCAGCGGUGCAUCUGGGAUCCAGAGACUGAUGAUUAUGUGGAUGAUUUGUUCAGGAGCGAUACAAUGUUCUGCUAUACCAUAGUGUAUGGGGUUUAUAUGUAC